AACGAUUUGCCUCCAAUCAUAUGUACACGCAUCAUGAAAUUAAAAAAAAAGAGUCCCUUAUGCUUAACCCUCCAUAUCCUCAUGACUGUAUAUGACUUUCUUUCUUUCUUCUCUGUUUGCUACAUAGCGUAUCCAAUCAAUCAUCCCAGAAAAGAAAGGAAGUCCACAUCCCCCCCCCCCACCACUUUACAUCACUGA